GCCGCGCCGCUGACGCAUCCCUCUCACUACCAGCGGCGGUCGGGGCCGGGCGCCUUUGCCUUUACCAAGAUGGCCGCGGCGUCAACUGUUCUCCGCGGAGCCAUCUUGGUAACGGCGAGUGGUAGGGGGGCUCCUUCAAACUCCCUCCAGUUAAGGAGGCGGCAGUAGUGGGUCCGGCGAGCUCCCCCAGCUUCGGGGCGGGGGAUGGCUCCCGAGCAGGUGCCGGCGCCACCAUGGGGAGGAGCAGGGCGCUGUGGAGCUGCCUCCCGAAACUCCUGGCGCUGCCUCCAGUGGCUGGGUGGCCCGGCAGAAGGCAGCCGCCGCCGCGUAACGGCUCCUGCUGGGGGGUCGUGGCGCAGCCGGCUGGGGAGAGCAGGAGCAGGAGGUGCCGCAGCGCUAUGGAGGAGGAGGACGACGAGGGCGCCCAGCCGCAGCCCGAGGGCCUGAAUUUUGUUCACCUUCAUCGUCCACCGAUGGCAUCUUGUUAUUCGAGCCCUGCACAGAUACAGAAUUGGUAUCUGGAAAAACGAUCUACAGAUAUCCACAUCCAGAUAUCUGCAAAUUUGCAAGCUCUUCACCAAAAAACAUGGAUGAGAAGGCAGAUGAAGAGCAACCUUUGACUGCAUGUAACCAAUAUCCUAAGGAGUCAGUAAAGAAACGACAAAAUUCAAAUCAAAGUUCCAGAGGCAGUGACUCCUCCAGGACAUCCAGAAAAAGCUUCAGACUGGAUUACAGAUUAGAGGAAGAUGUAACUAAAUCAAAAAGAAGUAAAGAUGGAAAGUUUAUCAACCCUUGGCCAACAUGGAAAUCUCCAUCCUUGUCAAACAUUUUGAAAUGGGCCCUGAUGGAAAAAAAUAACAGCAACAUCCCAUGUUCAAAACAGGAACUUGAUAAAGAGCUUCCUGUGUUAAACCCUUACUUCAUUCCAAACCCUGAACUAGUUGGUAAGACUGGAACUGGCAUGCGAGUCACAUGGUUAGGACAUGCCUCAGUUAUGGUGGAAAUGGAUGGACUUGUAAUUCUUACUGACCCCAUCUUCAGCCAGCGAGCUUCCCCAGCGCAGUUUGUGGGUCCAAAACGUUUCCGAGGACCUCCAUGCACCGUAGAUCAGCUCCCCAAAAUAGAUGCAGUGAUGAUCAGCCACACUCACUAUGACCAUUUGGACCACAAUACUGUUGUGAGUUUAAAUGAGCGUUUUGGCAGUGAGCUGAGAUGGUUUGUACCGCUGGGUCUUUUAGAAUGGAUGCAGAAGUGUGCCUGUGAAAAUGUGAUUGAAUUGGACUGGUGGGAAGAGAACUGUGUCCCCGGACAUGAUGCCGUUACUUUUGUCUUUACCCCUUCUCAACACUGGUGCAAGAGGACUGCAACAGAUGAUGACAAGAUUCUCUGGGGCAGCUGGUCUGUCUUGGGUCCCUGGAAUAGGUUUUUCUUUGCGGGAGAUACUGGUUACUGUGUUGCUUUUGAACAGAUAGGUAAAAGAUUUGGACCUUUUGAUCUUGCAGCUAUUCCCAUUGGAGCUUAUGAGCCAAGGUGGUUUAUGAAAUACCAGCAUGUGAAUCCUGAAGAAGCUGUAAGAAUUCAUAUUGAUGUUCAGACAAAGAAGUCUGUAGCAAUUCACUGGGGAACCUUUGCUUUAGCAAAUGAGUAUUACUUGGAUCCUCCAGUUAAACUGAAUGAAGCCCUUGAACGAUAUGGCUUGAAACCUGAGGAUUUCUUUAUCUUGCAGCAUGGAGAAUCACGAGACUUGAACACAAAUGAGGAUGGACUUGAAUAAUUUUUUUAAAAUGUGGCAAUCCUUUACAAGCCUUGUUCUGAUUUGUAUUAGGAAAUAAUGAAAAGAUCAUUUCAUUAUCGGGUUAUGAAGCUUUUUAAAAAUUUGUACUGGAUUUUUAGUCUCCAGGUUCACUAAUUUCAGAGAUUAAAAAUUGUAUACUUGCUUGAUCACAGCACAGUUGCUUAUAAACUGAAUGGCAUAUUGAGAGGUCAUUUAAACACUGGCUAAUGCACAAGGCAUUAAUUGAUAAAUGCCUUGUAAUUUCAACUUUUUCCAUCAACUAAAAAAAAUCAAUAUACUUGUUUUAUUUUAAAAUUUUUAUAUUUGAUUUUCUGAGAUGGAGUCUUCCAGCUGUUGCAAAAGCAUGUUUAAAGUAAAAUACCGAUUUUGCUCAAUGCCUUUGUUUUAAUUUAAUGACAAACUAAAGAAGAGUUUAAAAAUGAUUCUAAAGAAAUGUGCCUUUCUAAAAAGAUGUAUUACUUAAGAUUUGCAACACUAAUGCAAAACUAUUACUGCUGGCCAGAAUCUGUGCUUUCAUUGUAUUAAAGUUACUCUUUAUCAUAGGUCUGAAUAUUACUAUUGUUUUGAGAUUGGUUUUCCAUAUCAAAUGCAGUACAUAAACUCAUGCUUUUAUUUAAAGUCAUGAUUCAGCCUCCCUUCCCCCUUUAAAUAAGCAGAGACACUGAUGGCACUGUCUCGAGCAUGAGUUAUGGAAGACUUUUCAUAGCUUCCGUAUGGUUUUACUAAGCAUGCUGUGGAAUUACAAAAUAUAUGCAGUAUUGUAAAACUUGGCUAAAUGCAUCUGUAUUAAAUUGCUAUACUGAUUUACAAAAUAAAGCCUAUUGAUGUCAGGAA